GGUUACUGCUCCUUAGCCCACUGUCCUUUUCAUCCCUCAUCCUCUAUUGGCUUUUGGAUUACCGAGUGGAUUUUUCUGCCCCCUCCAAGUGCUGGGGCCAGAUAGGAUAUCUUGGCUCAUCUCUUGGCCUGCAAGAGUUGUUUGCACUUGCCUAAAGAAGGUGAUACCCCAUAGUGCAAGGUCUGUAGUGUGCAAUCCAUGGGAGGAGGUGGAAGGUCCUUCCCAGUUCUAGGCUCUGGAUAAAGGACUGCAAGCUCAGGAUACUGGGGCCUGUGCAAAUGUCCUUGGCUGGGUUUCACUGUGGCAUGUGUGCCUGUUCUUCUUAAUGGGGGUGAAGAAAUCAGUCUGAUGCUUGGUUUAAAAAGCAGUUUUAAAAGAUGGUGCUAUGCAGCUGCCAGGGAAAUGCACGAUGGAAAGAUGCUUGGAGUCUCCCUCCAUUGUGUCACCUGGAUGCUUAGGCCAGGCCUGGAUGUUUGUCCCCUCUUGGCUGGAGAGGAUGGAAGACAGUGCCUGAGCCUUGCAAGGAGGAAAAGAAAAGGGCAGGUGAAUUUGUGCACACCAGGAGAGGGAAGAUGGUUUUCACAGCUGCUCUGAAUCCGUAGGUAGCGACAGGAGAACAAAGCGCCCCUGUGACUCGUGUGAAGAGCUGGCAGCCAGCAGUGCUGCAGCUCUGUCCCCAAAAGAGGAGUGUCCCCGUGGGAUUGGCAGCCCACAGAAUUAUUUUCUAAGCUCUCUAAAGAUACGGCGUCGUCACAUCACUUCCCCAGCACUGUAGGCUCUCAAAGGCAGGAGAUAAAGAAGAAUGAUACGCUUUAUAAUGUGCUAGAGGACAAAUUUGGACAUGCUUUGCUGUCAAGGAGAGAUGGAAGGGGAAAAAAGGACAGGGAUACACUGCUUUAUUAAUCUGCUGCAGCUCCUGGACUGUCUGUCUGGGUGGUCCUGGGGUUUUUAUGGAUGUUGUGUGUGUUGGGAGAAGCAGAACAUCUUCAGGAGUAGCCCUCAUGCCUGGGUGAAAAGCAACAGGAGCUGAAAGAUUGCAUGGGAGGAAAGUUCUGCUCGAGUCACUCAACAAGAGCGAGCAGUCAGCCAAUGGCCAAUCCCAGUCCAGGGAAUCCACAAACCCUCAGUUCAGGAAAAUGAGCGGCGACUUCCCAUCGGCCAACGGAGAGGCUGGGGGGGAGGCCCCCAAGGGCUACACUCAGGACCAGCUGGAUGCAGUGAAGAGGGUAAAGCAGUGCAAAGAUUACUAUGAAAUUCUGGGAGUCAGCAGAGAAUCUUCUGAUGAGGAUCUGAAAAAGGCCUACAGGAAACUGGCACUGAAGUUCCACCCGGACAAGAACCACGCACCGGGGGCCACGGAGGCCUUCAAAGCCAUCGGGAACGCGUACGCGGUGCUGAGCAACCCGGAGAAGAGGAAGCAGUACGACCAGUUCGGAGACGAGAAACUCAACCCCGCCCGCCACGGACACAGCCACGCCGACUUCCACCGCGGCUUCGAGGCUGACAUCUCCCCUGAGGACCUCUUCAACAUGUUCUUCGGGGGUGGUUUUCCUUCUAGUAAUGUUCACGUGUACAGCAAUGGCAGGAUGAGAUACACCUACCACCAGAGGCAGGACCGGCGGGAGCACCAGGGGGACGGUGGCCUGGGGCUGUUUGUCCAGCUGAUGCCCAUCCUCAUCCUGAUCAUCGUGUCUGCUCUCAGCCAGAUGAUGGUCUCCAGCCCACCCUACAGUUUGAGCCACAGGCUGUCUGUGGGUCACACACACAGGAGGGUCACAGAGCACUUGAAAGUCCCCUACUACGUGUCCGAGAACUUUGCCGAGGAGUACACGGGCACGAACCUGAAGAACGUGGAGCGGAGCGUGGAGGACGAUUACAUAGCAAACCUUCGGAAUAACUGCUGGAGAGAGAAGCAGCAGAAGGAAGGCUUGUUGUACCGGGCACGCUACUUCGGGGACUCGGAGCUGUACCAGCGGGCACAGAAGAUGGGCACCCCCAGCUGUAGCAGACUGUCAGACGUCCAGGCCUCCAUGCACGGAUAGUCCCAGCCCAAGUACGAGCCGGGAGCAGGGAACCCGUAGUGCUUUUAUCACUGAAAUCCCUGAUUGAGACACAGACCUCCAGGAGUCUCCUCGGGGUGCACACGCCCAGGCCUCCCCUCCGACGAGCGCGCCCUCGUUAAUCAGGAAUCGAUUGGGUUUAGUUUGCAUGUCGGCACCCUCGGCUCUCUGCGGGUUCCCUCUUUUCUCUGGCCUCUAGGAGCAGGGCAGAAUCCCUUGGUGAGGUUGGAAGUUCCUUACAUGCCGUGGCACCCAGCCCCCACGUUUUAAUGAACCCUUGUUUUUGGUUGCUUUGCUGCCUGUUUUACUGGGAAAGCUGUUAUCCCUGGCACGUGAAGCAACACGGAGACAGGGAAUGGAGUCCCGCCCAACAGAUGUUCCUUGUCCCAGCUCCUGUUGUCUUCCCGUUCAAGGAGAGCAAAGCAAAUGUUCCCAGCAGGUUGUAGAAGUGACUUACUGUGUUAAACUGGCAAUCAGAGUAAGAGCAGCUGGGAGAGGGGGUGGAUCUGGAAGAUUUUGGGGUUGGAGAGCUUGGAUUAAGGAGAGCCCGGAUAACACAUGUGAGACCGGAUGUGCUGGGAGAGCUGCGCCAAAAUAAUGGGGAAAAAAUGGCCACAGGCUUUGGAGUCCUUUUUCUGCAUAAAUUUUUGGGCUGAUUUCACCUACCAGGUACUGCUGGGCUGGCUGAGAAGUGUGCAGAUCCCACUACCCCAAAAUUACCUGAACACAGGAUUUCUGUGGAAAAACUCCUGGGUGAAGCUUAUACCAGGUGUUGUGUGGAGACCAUUUCGGCUCACAGAGACUCCUGAGGACACUGGCCAUUAAGCUGCUUGAUUUGCAAUUUUGGGGGUUGUUUUCUGAAAGUGUGGCCUUUAAAGCAAAUCCUCGGGGGCCCAUUGGGAUUUUUUUUUUUGGAUCUGUUCUUAUCUUGAUCCUCCCUCUCUCUGGUUUGGAUGACUGCGCCUCUUCUGGUGUUAAUUACCUGCUUUUCUUUAAUUCCCUCCCUGCACCCGUGGUCUGGAAAGAGCCUGGAAAAGCUGCUGCCUGUGCUGUGGGGUGGGGAAGGAAGGGGGAGUCACAGAUUGUCCGGAGAGUGACGCCGCUGCUGCUUUUGUUCCCAGAGCGUUGAAAUGCUGAAGACUUUCGGGGAAGUCGCUGAGCUGAGGUGACAGACUGACUUUGCUAUUUAAAAAGAAUCAAACCUUAUCUUAAAAACAGAAUUGGAGAAUUAGCAACGCACAACUGCCCCUCUUUCUUCUCUCUGCCUCUCUCUGACGAUCGCAGGCAGCGCUUGGGACAGGAAAUCCAGCUCUCCAUCUUCCUCCUCCCCUUCCAACACCCAGGAUCCCACAAGGAUCCCACAAGGAUCCCACAGCACCUGGAACAGACACACAGAGUGUAAAAUAACCCAAACUAACUACAGUGAAGCAGAAGGAGACCCUUCCCCGCUGCCAAUGGAGAGACAAGUGGGACAAUUUGUUGACAAAAGAAAACACUAAAGAAAAGAAAAUAUAAUCUAUUUAGCAUUAAUUUAUAGCUGUAUAUAUGUUGUACUUUUAAACUAUGCAGGGGUUGGAUGAUUAAAUUAUUUUGGUUUCUGCCCUUUUUGGGGAGCAGGGCAGCGAGGGAGCCUCUUCCCAGGGCGUCUCUCUCUGCAGCACUUUCCUGCCUGGAAAACAGGAAUCCCUUUGCCGUGCUUUGCUCCCGGGAGGACGUUCUGCAGACGGGGACGUCCGUGCACCUGCCCUUGGGGUUUUGAUCAAAGCAGAUCCCCAAAGUGCAGGGGGUCACAGGGAGCCCGUCCAGAGCCGUGGAUUCGCAGCGUCGGCAGAAGCCGCGGGGUCAGCUGAGCGCCGGCGUCGCGCUCGGGCCGGGAAGGAUUGUCCUGGAUGGAUUUUGCUCGUCAGUCUUUGGUUAAUUUGUGCACGUAACUCCUUUUUCUGCCGAGUCCGCUCGAAUUCUGCCUGGUAAUCAGCGGAGAGAGGCCUUUCCAUCGGCCUCACCCUUUGUUGGGAGGUUUUGUGCCUGUCCCAGGCUGGGGUUCCUCACCCACCGGCGCUCCCGGGUGCAGCCUGGCCCUGGCCUUCACACCCCACCUCCUGUUUCCCGGAGGACACCUGGAAAAUGCCACAAAUCCUGGAAAAUACCGCAAAUCCAUAAGGAGCAAAGCGUUCCGUUGAUUCUGUUGGAAGAAGUUCUGCUGGGGGAGAUCAGGGGGUGUCUGAUCUGCCCUCUGCUGCCCCUCCCACCACGGGCAGGACCGGUGUGAGGCUGCUCCAGGUGAGGAGCCAUCUCUCAGGAGCAAAGCCAGCAUGAGCAGAGCCACCUCCCAUGGAAUAAACUGGAUUAUUUUCAUUUUUAUCUUUUUUUUUUUUUCCUGCUCUUCAGCUCAAUUGUGUCUAAAGACAUUUCCAGUGAAAACCAUCCCCUGGCACGGUCAGGGGAGUGAGCUGGGAGCACAGCAGCUCCCGGGUGGGCUGGCAGAGAUGGUUUUAUCCCGUUGUCCUUAGGAAUCCACGCGCUCUGUCUCAGCUGUUUAUUUACUUAGUGAAAUCUCAGCCUCCCCUUGGCUGCAAGCCCUCUUAUCCCACAGCCACCAUGGCUUGGACCUGAUUUUAAGGGGUUUUUAUUAUUUUUUUUCCUUUUUUUUUUUUUUUUUUUAAUUUUUUAAUCUUUCCUCCACCUUGGGAAGAAAUUGGGUGGAAGUUGAGGAUUGGAAAUGGCGCUCGAUAGAGGCACAGGGAUGAUGGGGACGGGGUUAAACCAAAAUCCUGCUCACAGAAGGAGCUGGAUGUGUUGCCCAAGGGCAUUCCCUGCCCGGAGCCUGCCCACCAAAACCUUCAGGUUAUUUUUCCUGGUCAAUACUGAUGGAUCAUAAGGGGGGAGAAGGCGUCGAUCCCAGUGGAUGCUCACAGAGGCUGUAUCUCUCGAUUUAGAGUUAAUUAUACAAUUGUACAUCUAUAAAUAAAUGUUUAUAAUGUGAAAGGCUUCGGCUGGGUUGGUGUCCUGUGGAUCCCUGCUCCAGCCAGCUUCUGUUCUGCUGGGAUGUUCCCAGAAGGGUCCUCCUCCCGUCCCAUUAGCCCCACAUCCUCUGGCUGAGCUCUUUUGGGGGAUUAUUCUCAUCCUCAGGAUGGCACCAGCCUGGCAGCGUUAUCCUGGCAUUGGAAGGUGCCCUUGGGACACCAUCCCUGUCAGGUGGGCAGGGAGUGCCUUGUUUUGGGGAUGGAUUUGGGAUGGGUCUCUUUUCCUCACAUCCCCCUCCCUGGGGCAGGAUGAGGCUGGGGCAGGCUGGACCCCUCUGGCACCUCCCUCUUCCUCCCCAGGCCCAUGCACCAAAGUGCUGGAAGCUUUGGGUGGGAAUUUCCCCCUUUUCCUUUUUUUUUUCUCCCUUCUCUCAGAGGGCAAGAGUGGGAAUUUCUCCCCUUUCCCUUUUUUUCCCCUCCUCUCAGAGGCCAAGGGUCACGUCCCUGCCAUUUCCCCUCUGGCAGUGAGUCAGCCCUGCCAGCACAGGGCACAUCCACAGCCCAGGUUUUGGGGUGGUUUUACUGCAUUUUGGGUCAUUCCCAGCCUGGAGCAAUGGGAGACACUCUGGAAUUUCUGGGUGUGCUGGUCCCUGCCCACUCACCAAAGGUGUGGGUGGUUUGAGCUGCCCAUUAGCUCGUUAGCCCAAGCUUUUAAUUGGAGCGUCUGCCAAAGGCAGGGAGGCAUCAAAGGAAGGCAGGAGUUCCAGAGCAUCCUCCUCUGGCAGGUAGGGAGCCAAGGGGACCCCUCUUCCCCCCAUCAUUAUUUUUGGUAGCAAAAACACGAGGGUUUAGCAUUAUCCUGGCAUUUAAAUCCUCAUUUGCCUUAUUGCUGCUGAUGCCCCCAAAAAUCUCCCUUUCCUCUGCUGACACCUGGGAUCCCUGGGCUGAUGCUGGUGCCACAAAUAGCUCCAUUGACUCUUCCCAGGUCCCAAAAUAUCCCUUUGCCUAACCCCCUGCCCUGGGAGACAUUUGAUCCAGCCUCACUGGAAGCUUCUGCACCUUCCAGGGACCUUGAGACGCCCCCAAAUUUCUCAUGGAAAGGCCAUUUUGCUAUAAAUAAAAGCAGUUUCACCUUCGCAGCUGGGGCUGUGUCUGGGGCGUUCCAGGGGCGUGGGGAAGGUUCUGCUGAGCACCCCCAGGACAGAGGCUGUGACAUCGCUCUGUGUUGGCUUUUGGGAGUUUUGGUGGGGUUUUUAUUGGUGUGAUUAAUUUUUUAAAAAAUGGGAUACGGAGCCAAUCACCUUCCCUGAGAGUGGCUGGUGGGGGAUGAGCAGGGGUCAGGCUGACAGCACAGACAGGGCCACCCCCUUAGGAGCUUGGUAUUUAAAAAUCCACGUCUUUCUGGAGCUAUAAAUACCACUCCCAGACUGAGGAUGCCUCAGCAGGGCUGAGGGCACAGCCCCAGCUGAGCUGCUGCCGUAAAUCUCCUGCUGUGCCCUGGGAUCAACGCGUCGCUUCCAGCCUGGCCAAGGAACUCGGGCUUUGGAGCUCCCUUUCCACCCCUCUCAGUCCGUCCAGGGAUGGGUUUGUGCUGGAUGACCCCACAGGGGAUGCCCCUCAUGUGAAAGGGGGGUGCUGUAGCACGUGAUCCUUUGAGAAAUGCUCCAGACCCCAAAAUUUGAGGGGAA